AUGGUGAGGCGUAAGAAAAUUAUUCAGAAGUCUGGAUCUAAAUCAUCUCCGAUCGUGAGUAGCACUCGAAAGGAUUUUCUUGAUAGGGUGGAGGAUGAAGAUGUGGUGAGGGGGGACCCCCUGGAGGAGGUUUCGGCAGAUACGGUGGAUGUGUUUCAAGAGGUUGGGGAGGACCAUUCUUUGGUAAAUUGCGAUCAGGUCAAGUCAGGAAAUAUUUCAGGUUCUGGGUCAUGGGCGAAGGAAGCAGAAGAGAAAGAUUUUCAGGAAUUAGCUAAGGAAAAGUGGUCCAAACUUCAAGACUCCUUUGCUGCUCAGGGUGGUGCUCGACUCAAUUAUGAGGAACCAUUGCUCCAAGAAGGAUUCAUCAAUCGCAUAUGGGGUAAAUUGGGUAUUGAGAGAAUUGCUCGUAUGAAUGAGGGUUAUACUCUAGUCAAAUUUAGGGAUGAAGCCACUAGAGAUAUGGUUUUGGAAGCAGGAGUGGUACACUUUGACAGAAAACCUGUUUUGCUGAGGCCUUGGUCGACCAAUUUGGAUAAGUUGAGGAUGGUGAAAUCAGUUCCGGUCUGGGUUCGUCUGCCAGAUUUGGGUCUCCAGUAUUGGGGCCUUAAAACUCUGAGUGCACUUGUUAGCACUAUAGGUAAGCCUAUGAUGAUGGAUAAGGUAACCAAGGACAAGUCAAUGGUGAAAUUUGCUAGAGUUCUAGUGGAUGUUGAAAUAUCUGAUCGUAUCCCUCAUUGUGUAAAUUUUAUUAAUGAGUGUGGUCAAUUGAUGGAACAAGCAAUAAAUUGUAAACAUGCUCAAGAGGUUCAUUGGAAGCCAAAGCAGAAGGUCACUAAGUCUGAUAAAGGGGAUCCUGGGGAAUCUGCUGAUUUGGGUGAGCCAGUUCUCGAGGAAAGGUCAAUGGAUCCUCACCUAUUAAUAGCUGAAAAGGUGGUACAAAAGAAUGGCAAGAGUGAUCAGGUGGCUAUUAUAGGAGAGUUGAAGGCUGAAAGGACAUUAGCAAAGGAAACCAGUUGUUCAUCGAUAGGGCAGGAGAUAUUAUGGAGAACAAGGAAGUGGUUUCAAAGAGGAGUUUACAAGAAAUUCAGAAAUCUAAUGGAGGGGUGUAACUUGCUUUUUCGGAACAUUAGGGGUUUAAAUGGUAGGAAUAAGCAAAGAUCUCUAUUAGAUUUUUGUACUGUUAAUAAAAUUGGUUUUGGUGGUUUUCUUGAAACUAAGUUGAAAAACAAUAAGGUUGAGGAGAUGAUGAAGAAUUUCUUCCUGGGUUGGCAUUGGUACAACAGUGGGUCAGUGGAAGGAAGGAUUCUGUUAGUUUGGAAGGAUGAUAUAGUUCAAGUCAAUGUUAUUCAGGAUAUGGACCAGCUUAUACAUUGUGAAGUGAAGAUUAAGGGAGUUGUUCAGAAGGCCUAUUUGUCUAUUGUUUAUGGUAGAAAUUCGAUUGAGGAGAGAAAGGAGCUGUGCUCUCAAUUAACUUUACCUCAGGCUUCUGUUGAGCCUUGGUUGGUUGUUGGGGACUUUAAUGUUAUCUUUGAAUUCGAUGAUCGUAUUGGGGGUAGAAUGAAAGCAGAAUCAAGAAUCUUCUCUAAGUUGAAUAGGAUUUUUAUCAAUGAGUUGUGGUUAGAUUUCUUUCCAGAGUCAGAAGCUCGUGUCAACUGGGAUACAAUCUCUGAUCACUGUUACUGUAUCAUUAAAACAGUUCAGUUUAAGGAGUCCAGGAUCAAACCUUUUAGAUUUUAUAACUUGUGGGCUAAUCACAAGGAUUUCCGAAGUACAGUUCUUGAUAGCUGGUCUAAACCAACUGGUGGUUUCCAGCAUUAUACUGCAGCUAAGCAGAGGUAUGAGAGAGCUCAGCUCUUGUUGCAACAGUCUCCUUAUUCAUGUUUUCUGGGUAAGAAUAGUUCAGUUACUGGUCGGGUGGAUCUGAACUGUUUCCAGCAGGGAAACGUCUUGUCUUUGGAGCAACAACUCGAUCUGACUCAGCCAUUUACUAAGAAAGAUGUUAAGAGAGCUUUAUUUAGUAUUCCCUCAAUCAAGAGUCCUGGUCCUGAUGGUUUUGGUUCAGGUUUUUUUAAAGCUCUUUGGAAUGAUAUAGGGGUUGAAAUCUCUGAUGCGAUUUUGAUGUUUUUUGAGCAUGGUGAGAUUCCUUCAGAGUUAAAUGGGACAUUUUUAACUCUUAUUCCUAAGUUGGCUAAGAUUCUUCCAAGGAUUAUUCACCAAAAUCAAGGAGCUUUUAUAAAGAAUAGGCAACUUGCUCAUAAUAUCUUAAUCCUUCAAGAUUUGCUUCAUGGAUAUACUAGGAAGAAUAUUUCUCCCCGGUGUUUGAUAAAGAUUGAUCUUAGUAAGGCGUAUGACUCUAUUGAUUGGGCUUUUUUGGAGGAGAUUAUGACUGCAUUUUGCUUUCCUAGAAGGUUUAUUAAAUGGAUUAUGAUUUUUUUGAAGGGUACCUCUUAUACCCUUUUAUUGAAUGGGAGAUUACAAGGUAGUUUUGAAGGGAGGAAAGGAUUAAGACAAGGAGACCCUAUUUCUCCUCUGCUUUUUGUGCUGGUUAUGGAGUAUCUCACUAGGCCUCUUAAACAAGUUUUUAAUCACAGAGAGUUUAGAUUUCAUCCCAUGUGUAAGCACUUACAUCUAGUGAACAUUUGCUUUGCGGAUGACUUGAUUUUGUUCUGUAAAGGAAACUUUAGAUCAGUUCAACUUUUAUUUAAGGGUAUUUUGAGUUUCUGUAACAGUUCUGGGCUUACUGCCAAUUUGAAUAAGUCCCAAUUAUUCUUUGGGGAAGUGGCUACUGAGGUGAAGAUCAAUAUCCUUAAUUAUGUUGCUCUUGGUGAGGGAAGAUUUCCUUCGAAAUAUCUGGGGGUUUCUUUGAGACCUACGAGAUGGCUGGUUGCUGAUUGUGGUGAGAUCAUCAAGAAAAUUCAGGCUAGACUUCAUGUUUGGGCGAGUAGGCACUUAUCAUUUGCAGGGAGAACUCAACUGAUAUUUUCGGUUCUACUGAGCAUUCGCAAUUAUUGGAUGCAUAUUUUUAUGCUUCCCUCUAGUGUUAUUCAAGAAAUAGACAGAUUGUGUCGUAAAUUUCUUUGGGGUUCCACUAACAACCGCAGCAAGUUCCCUUGUACUUCUUGGUUUCAGUGGAUUGAUGCGAUUUAUCUUAAGGGUCAGUCUUUCUGGUCUUAUCAUCUAAAACCAGAUGUGAGUUGGUAUUGGCGUAAGCUUUGCUACCUGAGAGAGAUUUUUCUUGAAGCUGUUUUGGUAGAUUCGGCUGUGAAUGGUAAACUUAAACUGAAAGUUCUGCUCAGUAGCAUUCUUCAAAGGGAUAAUGUAGAUUAUGCUAAGGCAGUUUGGUGUAGUCUAUCAGUCCCUAAGCAUCGUUUUAUUCUUUGGCAAUCGGUGCUUGGUCAUUUACUGACUAGGGACAACCUGAUGAAGUGCCAAAUAUCUUUUAUAUCUCUGUUAUGUCCGGUUUGUAAGAGGGAAGAGGAAUCUCAUUUGCAUUUGUUCUUUGACUGUAUCUUCUCGCGGCAGGUUUGGCAGUUGCUUAAAGAUUGGUUGGGUCCUGGUAUUUGGCCUAAUCAAUUUGCUGGCUGGAAGGAGUGGUUAAAAGGGAAGCCUAAGAAUAUUUUGCACUGCAUUUCAGUAGCUUCAUUGGCAGCAGCGGUUUAUAGUAUUUGGUGCAAUAGAAACUCUUGUAUUUUUUCUCAUUGUUCCUUUUCUCCUUUCACUUAG